UUUCAAAGUUCAGUUCAAUUCUCGAAUUCAAAUGAUCAUGGGUUAUCCCGCCAGCCCCGCGUACACUGAGAGUAGGGGGCAGCUGACGCACAGACCCAAAGUGACCCCAAUUAGCUGACCUGCCUUCACAUGGCUUUUCCGAAUCCAGGGGGGUGAUAAUGAAUUCCGGAACACCUGGCAUCCAAGAGAACCCUACCUUCCACCUUCUCUUGACAUCGCCCUUAUCUUUACAGAGCAGCACCUCAGCGCGAAGUUAACUAUCGUUUGCGCGAUGUCUCUGCAGAUUCCCCUACGUGAGAAGUCGAACGGCCUUGCGGGCGCCACCAAGGCUGUGAUCCUGGUUGGCGGCGCCUCUCGCGGCACCCGUUUUCGCCCGCUUUCACUUGAUGUCCCCAAGCCCCUCUUUGACGUCGCCGGACACCCCAUCAUCUGGCACUGCCUGACCGCCAUCGAGAAAGUACCGUCCAUCCACGAGGUCUACCUGAUCGGCUACUACGAGGAAUCCGUCUUCCGCGAUUUCAUUAAGGAUGCCUCGACAGAAUUCCCCCACCUCUCGAUCAAGUACCUUCGCGAAUACCAGGCUCUGGGCACGGCCGGCGGCCUGUACCAUUUUCGCGAUGCUAUUCUCAAGGGCCGCCCUGAACACAUCUUCGUCCUGAACUCGGACGUAUGCUGCAGCUUCCCGCUCAACGAAAUGCUCAAGCUGGCACAGGAGAAGGAUGCUGAGGCGGUCAUUCUGGGUACAAGGGUUAGCGAGGAAGCCGCCACCAACUUUGGCUGCAUCGUGUCGGACUCGCAUACUCGUCGGGUGCUGCACUACGUGGAGAAACCCGAGAGCUACAUUUCCAAUCUCAUCAAUUGCGGCGUCUACCUCUUCUCCACCGACGCCAUUUUCCCCUCCAUCCGCAGCGCGAUUAAGCGUCGUACCGAGAGGCCCCGCCUGGGGUCUUACCGGUCGCACGAAAACCUGGCGAGUUCGUUUAUGAUCGAUGACGAUGAAGAGAGCCAGAAGAAUGAGGUGAUCCGUCUCGAGCAGGACAUCCUUGGCGACAUGGCCGAUAACAAGCAAUUCUUCGUCUACGAAACCAAGGACUUUUGGCGGCAGAUCAAGACAGCUGGCUCUGCCAUUCCCGCCAAUGCCCUGUACCUGCAAAAGGCCAUGCAAAAUGGCUCCGAGGAACUCGCCGCACCUUCGGCCAAUAUCAUUCCGCCUGUCUUCAUCCACCCCACGGCGCAUGUGCACCCAACGGCCAAGCUAGGGCCGAACGUAUCGAUUGGUCCUCGCGCAACCGUUGAUGCUGGUGCGCGUGUCAAAGAGUCAAUCGUGCUGGAGGACGCUGAAAUCAAACAUGAUGCGUGUGUGCUCUACUCGAUCAUUGGCUGGAGCAGCCGUGUCGGCGCUUGGGCCCGUGUUGAAGGCACCCCUACGCCUGUUACAAGCCAUAACACGAGCAUCAUCAGGAACGGGGUCAAGGUGCAGGCGAUCACCAUACUGGGCAAGGAGUGUGCGGUAGGGGAUGAGAUCCGCGUGCAGAACUGUGUGUGCUUGCCGUUUAAGGAACUCAAAAGAGAUGUGGCAAACGAGGUUAUCAUGUGAAGGAGGGAUGUGUGGCCAAAGAUACCCAAGCGAGUCAAUGCCACGGCAGCGAUGACCCAGACGUUUAUGCAUUUUCCUCGCAGCGUGACAAGUUUUAAGUGAGGACAUUAAAGCAAGCUAAUAGAAGGUUGAGCUAGAGUCUAUGUCUAAGUCCCUUCUCGGCAAGAGUGACGCUAUGCAGAA